UCCGUCGCUUAAACCGUUAUUGAUAACGUGAAGCGUCUCGCAACUGACUGUAGCAUCGAUUAAACUCGGGUUUAUUUCGUCUCACCGUCGUGGGUUACGAUUUGAUUACUAAAUCUAGCAUUGAAACAUCUCGGAUAACUGCGCGUACCCGCUCCGCCAUUAAGGGGAAAUCAAUCGAACGCCGAAACCCGGAUGUCACUACAGUUCAUGAACACAGACGGAGAUUUCCGGAUGAUGAAAAAACAUGAGAGGGCACAUUUUUUCAGCUCUAAAGAGCAGGAACUUAUUUUGAAGUUGUAUGAAGAAGAAAGAGAGAUAUUGACUGCCAAAUCCAACACCACAAGCGCCUCUAAACUCAGAGAGGAAGCCUGGCAGAGAAUUGCUGAUAAAAUCAAUGCGGUAUCGGACAGUGGCUACAAAAGGACAUGGCAGCAAGUUAAAGUCAAACACAAAAAUAUAGUGCAAACAGCAAAAAGAAGAAGGGUGGAGCUAAUGAGGAAUGAUGGGGGAUCAGCAACUCCGUCACUGACCUCUGCUGAGGAGGAUGUGCUGCAGCACAAAGACAACAGGCUUAGAGUGGAGGUCCUGCCUGGGGGUGCCUGCAUUGAGCCACUGCCUGGAUCUGACAGCUCUUUUAUUAGUGUGUCAGGCCACCCUGUACUCCUCCUGCCUGUAACAAAAACUGAACCAGAGAGCUUGAGUGGUGAUGAGACGGAUGUCAGUGAUACACAUUUUGAAGGGGAUGUGCACAGUAGCAUUCUGCAGGAAAGGUCAGAUUCAGCAUGUGCUACAACCGGUGGCAGAAAUCCAGAGAGGCAGACAGAAGACAUAAAGGCCCUUUACUGUCGCUACCUCAAAAAGGAGAUAGAGAACCGUGACCAACAGAUGGCGUACAGAGCACUAAAAAUGAGGAAGCUGGAAAAAGAAAUCUUAUUACUUGAUAAGCAGCUACUGUGACCAUGUGAAAAAUGAUUGUGUUUUUAUCUUAGUAUUAUUAUAAAUUAAAACAAAAUUUGAUUUACUAAGGUCAGACAAUUGUAAUAAAUAGCUUUAGUUACAUUGUAUAUCAUAUUCAAGUAUUUUGAAUUGCCCACAGCACACUUGGAGUGGUGUGUUUGUGUUGGGGAUUUAACAGCACUUGUUGGCAGCAAUGUCUCUUAAUGAAAUUCUGGCAUUCAGUUGGUCAAAAUAUGCCUUGUUACAAUAUGGCACUGUACAGCUCUUCACAUGCAACAGCACAUAGGGUAUCUAAUGCAAUCCUCAGACUGUGACUGUAAAAUCUUUUCUUUAGUUUACCAAAUGUCAUGUCAAUCCCAGGAUUGUCUUGGCAGGAGUUGCCCCAAAGCGGGCUUGAGGCCCGGUGCAGGGCUCAGUGUAGGAGGGUCAUGAAGAAGGGCUUGUAAGUGGAGCCCCUGUGGAGCCGCUGUGUAACCCUGUGCCCCAGGAGGAUUCCAUUAUCACAUGAGUUACAGCGUAUUGACACACUUUUGGUUGUGUUGGCUCUGUACGCCAGCGCACUGGAUUUGAAAUGAAUGAAGCAAACAAUGGCUUUAGUUUGACAGCACUUAUACUCACAUCAGAUGAGUAGUGAAGGAAUGGUUACUCAUUUAUACAUAUUCCCACAAUUUUAGGAGACAGUAAUUGGACAAUUUAACAUGAAAGAAGCCCUAAUUAUGACAUGCUUGGUUACAAAUCCUCUGCCUUGUUGACAGGCUGAGGUCUGUGACUGAUGGACAUCAACAGACACUUAAUAACUUCCCUGCUGAGGCUCUGAUAUGUCUGUACUGCUACCAUCUAUAUGAUUUGAACAGAUUUAUUUGGACAUAUUGUGGCCAACCCCACAUCACUGUGCUGAAAUAUUUGUAAUAAAAUGUGGAAUCACAGCUAAUGUGAAAUUUGACAAAAGUUUAAAUUGGUUUCAGUCACCAGCAGCAGACCACUCUGUCCUUUGCAUUAGCAAUGGAAUUAUUCCUCCAAGGUAUGACACCAAUUUUAUCAUCACACCCAAAACCUAUAAUGUC